CUGCGUGUGCAGUGAAAAAGGAGACACCAUUAAUUUUACAACACACACUCCUCUAGAGAGAGAAAGCAACAAAUCAAGGCGUAUAUUAAGCUGUUUUCUUCGGAAUCCGUGACCCCCCCUCUUCUCCUCUCCCUCUCCUUCUCCACCAAAGUAGAAACUAGUUCAGCUUUUCUCAAUUACUCGAGGAAACUUGCUCCUCUGCGGAUAUUUUGCUGUCAAACAAUACUAUUUCGCUGUAAUUGAGCUGCUGGUGCAUUGAGAGAGUUUUUGGUUGAGGGUUUCGAGGUAAUUUUUAAGAGGUGUGUCGAAUUGGUGUAGUUAUGGUGAAUUGGGGCUCAGUUUCUCAGCGGCAGCAGCAUGUUUCUCCAGCUGAAGGGGUCUGUGUCAAGGAUGCGUUGUAUGAGGAGCUAUGGAGGGGUUGUGCAGGGCCUUUGGUGGAUGUUCCUAAGGCUGGGGAAAGAGUUUACUAUUUCCCACAAGGUCACAUGGAGCAGUUGGAGGCAUCUACAAAUCAGGAAUUGAAUCAGAGGAUACCGAUGUUCAACUUGCCUCCGAAGAUCCUUUGCAAAGUUUUUAACAUUCAGCUACUGGCCGAAAAAGACACUGAUGAAGUUUAUGCACAAAUUACUUUGAUGCCAGAAUCAGAUCAAAGUGAGCCAAGAAGUCAGGAUAGUGCUACCGAGGAGCCUCCUAGACCUGCAGUUCAUUCGUUCUGCAAAGUUUUGACUGCUUCUGAUACCAGCACGCAUGGUGGAUUUUCCGUCCUUCGUAAACAUGCCAAUGAGUGCCUUCCCCCAUUGGAUAUGAGCCAACAGACUCCAACACAGGAAUUGAUUGCCAAGGAUCUACAUGGAAAUGAAUGGCAAUUCAAGCAUAUAUUUAGAGGGCAACCUAGGAGGCAUUUGCUAACUACAGGAUGGAGUACAUUUGUCACUUCUAAGCGUAUAGUUGCCGGUGACUCUUUUGUAUUUCUAAGGGGAGAGAAUGGGGAGUUGCGUGUUGGGGUCAGGCGUCAUGCUCGUCAACAAAUCUCGAUACCAUCUUCAGUGAUAUCAAGUCAGAGCAUGCACCUGGGAGUGCUUGCAACUGCAUCUCAUGCUGUCAUGACUCAGACCAUCUUUGUUGUUUAUUACAAGCCAAGAACUAGUCAGUUCAUCAUAGGCCUGAACAAAUAUCUAGAAGCCAUUAAUCAUGAUUUUGGAGUUGGCAUGAGAUUCAAGAUGCGUUUUGAGGGAGAUGAUUCUCCUGAGAGAAGAUUCUCAGGUACGAUUGUUGGGGUUGAAGAUAUGUCGCCUCACUGGAAUGAUUCGAAAUGGAGAACAUUGAAGGUUCAAUGGGAUGAACCGGCAUCCAUCCCGAGGCCAGAAAGGGUUUCUCCAUGGGAGAUAGAGCCAUUUGUUGCGUCAGUUCCACCAACUAUAGUUCAGCCACUUACCAUGAAGAAUAAAAGGCUUCGACCACAUAUUGAAAUCACUGUUCCUGAAACUAAAACUUCAACAGCACCACCUACAUGGAACCUGGCUCAUGAUGCCCAUCAAAUAAAUCGCAGUUUUGAAGGGCAAAGGAGCAGCUAUAUCGCUAAUUCACAUACUAAACAAACAGAUCCUGGCACCACACCUAUGAAACACAGCAACGAUGGUGCAUCAACCACUCGUAUGGAUGGAGGGUGGCAGCCUUCCCUUAAUGGGCACGCUGAAGAAACUGAAGACAGUAAAAGUGCUUCAGCUUGGUCGGUUAUUUCAAACCAUUCAGCUCCAAGCGCAGGGUUACAGUUUAAUACCCUUGCUACUGGAUCUACUGAUGUGAGGAAACCAGAUGCUUUGGCAUCAUGCAGGUUGUUUGGGUUUGAUUUGAAAAGUCCAUCAAUAGCUCCUUCAAGAUUAGUUGAUAUACCAAACGAUAGUGGUGAAGUACACAUCCCAAGUGCACUGUCCUCAGCUGAUUCAGAACAGAAAUCUAGUGUUUCGAAGGAAUUUAGAGACUUGAGGCCAGACCAGUUGCAAGUACCAACAAAGGAGGUUCAGAGCAGACAGAGCAACUCCUCCAGAAGCCGCACCAAGGUACAAAUGCAAGGGGUUGCUGUUGGUCGAGCAGUAGAUUUGACAACUUUGAAGGGAUACGAUAAUCUGAUAACCGAGCUGGAAGAAAUGUUUGAGAUUAAGGGGGAGCUUCAGUCACGUAACAAAUGGGAAAUUGUGUUUACUGAUGAUGAAGGGGACAUGAUGCUCGUGGGUGAUGAUCCAUGGCCGGAAUUCUGCAACAUGGUUAGGAGAAUUUUCAUCUGUUCAAGCCAAGAUGUCAAGAAAAUGAAAGGAAACAAGCUCCCUUUAUCCGCAACAGAAUGUGAAGGAACUGGCUUCAGCUUAGAAAAUAUUGGGGAUUAGGAUCAACUCUCCGUACUACUCCUUGUGACUUGUGCUACAUUUGAAUCUCUUAUUUCGUAGAUUCUUGAUGCGGACGGCCUCAAGGCAAGAAAAACUGUUUGGUUGCUGGGAUGGGUUCGUUGUUUCAGUCGACAAGGAUGCUAACCAGGGGAUGGCAGAAUCCAGUUGAAACGCCGUAGUGAAUCUUUCGACUCAUUUCAGGUACGAUGAGUCUGAGUGGAAACUAAUUGAUGGAGUAGAAGUAGAACCUGUGAAUAGUAGAGUGUGUUUGUGGUGAAUUAGAUGAGGAGAAAGCCAUUCUCAUCCUACUCUGUAAAUAUACUAGCAUUUGUGUUUGGCAUCUGCUAAAAUUGAAGCUUCUUUUUUCUCUUGUCAAUCAAACUCGGACUACUGAUUGAUGCUUCUUUAUUCAGUGUGUUUGUCAAAA